AUGGCAUCUUGGGAUUUGGUGAUAGGAAUGAUCUUUUUAUUACAGAUGAUGGUGGGAAUUCUGGGGAAUUUCUGUCUUCUUCACCAUUAUCUCUUUCUUUAUUACACAGGAUGCAGGUUGAGGUGCACAGAUUUGAUUCUCAAGCACCUGACUGUAGCUAACUCCUUAGUCAUUCUCUCUAGAGGAGUCCCCCAGACAAUGGCAGCUUUGGGCUUAAAAGAUUUCCUUGGUAAUAUUGGAUGUAAACUUGUCUUCUAUGUUCACAGAGUGGGCAGGGAUGUGUCCAUUGGCACCAGCUGCCUCUUGAGUGUCUUCCAGGUGAUCACAAUCAGCCCCAUGAACUUCAGGUGGGCAGAACUUAAGGUGAAAGCUCCCAAGUACCUGGGCACCCUCAACAUCCUCUGCUGGGUCCUGAGCAUGGUAUUAAAUAUUACAGUUCUUGCAUAUGCGACUGGAAAAUGGAGAAAUAAAAAUACCACAAAAAAACACAAUUUUGGCUACUGUUAUAUUGUACAUUCUGAGAACAUCACAGACUCCUUCUCUUUAGUAUUAAUGUUAUUCAAUGAUUGUUUCUGUUUGGGGCUCAUGAUCUGGUCCAGCGGCUCCAUGGUUUACAUCCUGCACAGGCAUAAGAAGCAGGUAGAAUAUAUGCACACAAACAAUCUCUCCCACAGAUCGUUCCCUGAGACCAGAGCCACCCAACGCAUCCUUAUCCUGGUGAGCACCUUUGUAUCUCUGUGCACUCUCUCCUCUAUCUUUCACAUUUGUUCAGUUGUUUUAAAUAAUCACCAUUUGUGGCUGGUGGAGCUUUCUACAUUCAUUACUGCCUGUUUUCCAACUGUAAGCCCCUACAUUCUCAUGAGUCAUGACUCCAGAGCAUCCAGGCUCUGUUUUGCUUGA